AUGACUGAGCCACGACCUCCACCCGGCACUGUCCACCUCGUGGACUUGAACCAGGACAUGCACGCUCGCCAUGCAGGCAGUGCUAGCGAUAUUGUUCUGAACCCAGUGCCUUCCAAUGAUCCCAACGAUCCUCUCAACUGGACUCCUCGUCGCAAGCUGCUCGCCCUAAUCUGCCAGAACCUUUACACUUGGUUCUGUGGAAUUUCCGUGUCCACCGUUUAUUCCGUCCUUGUGCCUCUCUCACAGGCAUCCGGCGUGUCCAUCUCGACCCUCAAUGAGGGAACCGGUUACAUGUUUCUACUCUUGGGCUGGGGUCUCUUGUUCUGGCAGCCUUUCUCCCUGCGGUACGGCAAGAGAUUGACAUAUCUCAUUUCGAUCCUCGGUGCCAUUGGUACCUGCAUCUGGAGUGCGUACGUCAAGAGCAACGGCGAGUGGCUUGCCAGGUGCAUCAUUCAAGGCUUCUUCAUUGCGCCCAUAGAAGCCCUUCCUGAAAUCUCUGUCACCGACAUUUACUUUACUCACGAACGCGGUACCUACAUGGGAAUUUACUCCUUCGCUCUCGCAGGCAGCAACUACUUCGCGCCCAUCAUCUGUGGCUUCAUCGCCGAGUACCAGGGCUGGCGAUGGGUCUUUUACUGGCCUGCCAUCUUCCUCGCCUUUGUCUUUGUCUUUCUGUUCCUCUUCAUGGAAGAGACCAACUAUAACCGAGUGGUAAUCCCUGAAUCCACUUCGCCCGUCAGUCCCUCUGCCUCGGAACAUGCCAUUGACGACAAGAGCCACCCUGUGAAAGAGACUGGAAGAACCUCCAUGGCUGAGACAGGCGAAGUCUACGCCGCGCCAAAGACGUUUAUCCAGAAGAUGUCCCUUUGGCAGCCAUCACCAGGCCAAAACAUGCUCAAACGCGCGGUUCGCUCUCUCUCGUUCCUCAGCUGGCCCGUCAUUUUCUACGCUGGCUUCUCCUACGGCUCGUACCUCAUCUGGUUCAACGUGCUCAAUGCCACCUCUUCCAUCAUCCUCUCUGGCGAACCUUACAACUUCAAAUCCUCCAUGGUUGGGCUAAGCUACACAUCUUGUUGUAUUGGCGUCAUCGUUGGAGCUCUCGUUUCGGGCAACUUCAGCGACUGGCUGACCAUCAAGCUCGCCCGUCGCAACAAUGGGAUCAUGGAAGCGGAGCACCGACUGUGGCCUUUCGCCAUCUGCGUCGUCAUGGUUCCUGGUUCUUUGAUCCUCUGGGGUGUUGGCGCUCAGCAUGGUGUUCAUUGGUUUGGCCUCAUCUUCGCCAUGGGCUGUCUCGCCUUUACCAGCGCGGUUGGCGUCACUCUCAGUGUCAACUACUUGAUUGACAGCUAUCACGACAUCAGUGGUGAUGCCAUUGUCACCGUCAUCCUUGUCCGCAACACAAUGUCAUUUGCCAUCAGCUACGGCAUUACUCCGUGGUUGACAGACCUCGGCUACCAAAACUGUUUCAUCUCGGCUGCGUUUGUUGGAAUGACGGCUUCUUUAGUCUUCCUUGUCAUGAUCAAGUACGGAAAGUCGCUCAGGAUCAAGAGUGCAGCCAAGUAUGAGGAACUGGUCAAGCGGGAUCAGGCCCAGUGGGAGCACCGAUAA